ACCUAGGUGAACCUAAAUCUUCCGAGCUCCAUUUCGUGGAUAGGAUGGGCAAUGAUAUAUCUAUUGAAAUAAUAAGUUACUGUCUCAGCUAGAAUCGCUUCAAUAAAACUGUAAGAUCUGGGGCAUGUUGUGUUUGUAUGAAACAGUGGUAUCUGGAGGGCUGUGACAACUUGUUCUGUAUUUCAGCAGGAUCAUUACAAGGUUUACUGCUUGUUCUAUUGACUCGCUUCGACUUUAGCAGCGGGGGUAAAACACUGCAACUCACUCGAGUUAAAUCGUGUGAUUGGAACAGGAAGUGAAACCACGAAGCAGAAGUAUUAUUUGUUUUGACAAAACUCUUCAAGUCGGUUAUGGACAAUAAACCAUUGUGGAGUAACCAACAGUCUUCUUAUGGAAGCAUGUACCCAGGAUCAGAGGUACCUGCAGCAGUUGGACACCCAGCUAUGUUGGCACCUCAGAACCCCCCACACGGCGGGCCAACAGCCCCCCCUACGAGAAUGUUCGACACAGUGCCGGGAUACGAAGGCACAUCACCAGAAGGAAGUGGAGGAGGAUUCCUUCCCCCACCGGAUGCAGGUUUACCCUACCCUCCUGGAAAUCCUGCCCCUGCUCAAACAGAGUGGAACAUCCCUUCAAUAUCUGAAGAUACUGCCAGAGAUGCUCUGGUCCGGUAUGCCUCCAGUAAAUGCUGUUACAGCACUGAGCCUGCAGAAAAGUUAGUGUUCUCAAACCUCGAGGCUCUCAACACUUACAGGUAUCGUCUAGAGACCUUUACUGAAUCCAGAUCAACUGAAUGGGCACAAGAGGCAUAUAGAGGUCAGCCUGUGGAUGCAUACACUCAGCCUCCUCCUGCUCCAUGGGCCAUACCAGCCAAGGCACCCACCAUGUUUAAAGAUGCAACCCAGGAAAUUAAAAUCCCUAAUACAGCUUCUGUUAAGCCAUGCCACACCUGUAUGGGAACGGGCAAGACACCUUGCACUAAAUGUGCAGGAUGUGGAAGUAAGCAAUGCUGGGUGUGCAACGGUUCUAGAGUCCGUGCAGGUGGUGAAAGCUGCCACCAUUGCAAUGGCAGUGGCCGCACUAACUGUGAUGGCUGUACAGGCACUGGAUUGAACUCUUGCGACACCUGCAAAGGAAAAGGACAAUUGCUGAUCUAUAUUAGACUGAAAAUAAAAUGGACGAACAAUAUGGAUGACUUUGUAGAAGUCCAGCAGUCUGGAUUUCCGAUCGAUCGGGUCAGCGCGGUGACUGGAGAAAAGGUUUUUGUUGACACGCAGUAUAUGGUGUAUCCUGUUGUAGGUUUUCCAGACCCUGCCAUUUGUCAGGCUGCUGAGAGACUGGUGAGGCAGCACCAUGCCCAGUUUGCUCCAACAUGCCGUAUUCUUCAGCAGCGGCAGACCAUUGAGCUGAUUCCCAUUACCAAAGCAAGCUACAGCUUUCAAGAGAAGGCCUACACUUACUUUGUUUAUGGAGCUGAGCAUAAAGUCUACACAGAGGACUAUCCUGCAAAGUGUUGCUGCUGUAGUAUUAUAUGAAUUUAUAUCUAAAAAAAAAAAAAAGUUUAAUCAUUCAUAAUGUGAGUGUUUUAAAUUCCGCUUCACAGUUCUAAAAGUAUAUACAAAAGUACAUAUAUAUAUAAAAAUGUGUGUCAAUUUUAGACUUAAAUAUAUGCAUGUUAGACCAUUGAAUACUAGCAGUUAAGAUAAUUUUAAUAUCAUUUUACAUUCCAAUUUAUAAACUUUGUACUGAUUUUUUUAAAGAAUCUGUCUCAUUUGAUUGAACCUAAGAACUUAAUGUUGAGAAAAUUUUAAUACAUUUUACUGUAUUUUGAAUAUUUGAUAAAUCAGUGUUUUAUUCAUUAUUUUGUAUUAAUAGCCAGCCUUUGUUUUGCAUACAAGUGGAUACAGAUAUUUGGUUUGCAAAAUAUUUUAAGUUCGAUUUGCAUGGCUCUAAAAUUGUUAUGAUUUAAAACAAAUGGAAUGGACUGUUGUUUUUUUCACAAAGGCAGAAGGAGUUUGUUGGGUCUUCCUGAAACACAAACUCUGCAAAUGUCAUUCUACGGGCCUGAUAGAAGCUGUUUGCAGUAAAGCAUGGUUAAUUAUUGAGAACUAUGGUAAGGUGUGGUAAAAUUGUGACUAUGCAGCCUUUCAGUUGCCAGCUCAACCUACUCUGUGUGCAAUUAAGGGGCUGUUCCAGUUUAAAAGGCAUAUUGUAACAGGUUGUUCAGCGCCAGCACGUGCCUAGCUUCAGCUUAAAGCAAAUAAAGGUAGACUCAGUGUUGUACCUGUGUGUUGUAUUUAGCGUUUUUUGUUUUUGUGUGUGUCCUGGUUCUGAGGAAAACAAUUCAGCUACUCUGGAUCCACCAUUUUCUAUAACAUACCACAAGAACAAGGAAGUAAAGACAUGUCAAAACAACAUAUACUGUAUUUUCAAGCAACGACAUGCAGCUUGAUAGACUCCUAGAAACAACAUUGGAGAAAACGUCACACAAUAAUGCAUGUUCAGGUUUAAUCCCAAUUGCAUUUUGAGGAAGAAUAUGAGAACAAAAAAUUCAACAACCGACUAAAAGCACAGACGAUAUUCUUUGGAACGCAAUCUUCCAGUAACUGGAAUUAAGUAACUAACAACUGUUUUGUUUAUUGUUACUGUAUAUGUCAUUUUGUGACCUGCAUAUACCUUUUGUUGGCUUAUAGUCUGGAAUUAAAAUGCAUUACAAUA